GGCGGGACAAUAUUUCGAUAUUUCCUAACUCCGAAGUGUCGCGGACACUUUCGACCGAGCAUUAGUAUAUAUCACAAGCAUGAGAGCUGGAUUGUGCAACGCCAAUACGCCCACACAGGUUGAAAAUAGGGUCUUCAGAAUGUCGGCGUCCACCCUGCGCACCACCGCUGAACGCUACAUAUCCGCCUUCGAGACUCUCGACUCCGAUCUCUUUCUGUCCCUGCAAUCGCCCAGCGCGUACAGCCAUACCUUUGGCCCAGCGUCGGCCUCGCCUCCUCCACCACAGGACGGCGAACACUUUGCCCAGCACAUCGCCGACCUGCGCGGGAUCAUGCGCGGGUUCCCCGUGUACACGCAGCAAAUGUACGUCAACGAAGCCGCGAGACAGGUCGUCCUCCACGCCACCAGCGAAACCUGGUUUCACGACGAGAUCAAGGACAACGACAUCCCCGAGAGCGACUGGCUGUACCACGGCGAGUAUAUUUUCAUCCUAGACAUGGAUGACAGCGGCGAGAAGAUCACGCGGGUCUUUGAGUUUCUCGACAGUAAAGGCACGGAUGCGCUCCGACAGUUGAUGAAGCGGGCGAGGGCAAACGAGGCCAAAUUGAAGAACAAGGAGGUCAGAAAGACGAGCUGGGAAUGAUUCCGUGGGGUUGUCGGGUGGUCAAAUAUUGUACGAGGUUGUACAGAGUAGACGCUCCUAGAAUGCUGCAAUGGAGUGAUUAGACUAUCUCGAAACACCAAAUACGAAGACUGCAAAACAUGAAUUU